ACGCCACUUCAGGAAAGACUUUCGGAAGGAACCGCGUUUUUGCUGCUCUCCUUGCUGCUGCUGCUGCUAACGGUUAGCCUCACCGCGACACCUGUUAGCUAAUCUAACAAGCUAACUGCGCCGUCGGUCGGCCCCUACCUGUCGACAGUGCCCCUCGAGCCAGAGGCCGGAGCCGUCCUGUGACCGGCUCCUCUCGAGGGACUUUACGAAGAUGCCAACUGCUUCACAACACCAAGUGAGCUGCCAUUUGGGAAGGAAGACUGGAAGAAACCCCUCUAAGUGAAGAUAUUCAUCGCCACGAUGAAUGAGAGUCGAAGGGAAGCACUGGCGGCGGCGGCGCCCGUGCCCACCACUGCUUCCUCCACGGCUGGCUCUAACACCACCAACAUGGCCGGCCCAGGCACCAGCGAGAAGGACGAGACCUUUUCCAAGCUGAAGGACAAGUUCAUGAAUGAGCUGAACAAAAUCCCAUUGCCAUCAUGGGCUAUUGUCUCUAUUGCCUUUGUGGCGAUCAUCCUGGUCUUAGCAUGCUGCUUCUGCAUCUGCAAAAAAUGGAUAUUCAAGAAGAAAAACAAAAAGAAGGGCAAAGACAAGGGCAAAAAUGCCAUCAACAUGAAGGACGUCAAAGAUGGAGCCAAAACCGAGGCCUUGAAGGAUGAGGAGGAUGCUGAAACAGGGCUGACUGAAAUGGAGAAAGAGGCCGAGCCCAAGGAGGACCAGAAACUGGGCAAAUUACAAUACUCCCUGGAUUACAAUUUCACAGAGAAUACGCUCAUUGUGGGGAUUAUCCAGGCAGCAGAGCUGCCUGCUAUGGACAUGGGUGGCACAUCCGACCCAUACGUAAAGGUCUACCUGCUGCCUGACAAGAAGAAGAAGUUUGAGACCAAGGUCCACAGGAAGACCCUCAACCCUGUCUUCAAUGAGCAGUUCACCUUCAAGGUCCCCUAUGUAGAGCUUGGUGGGAAGACGCUGGUAAUGACGGUGUACGAUUUUGACCGCUUCUCCAAACACGACGCCAUCGGUGACAUCAAGGUGCCCAUGAAUAAGGUGGACUUCAGCCACAUAACAGAGGAGUGGCGGGACCUGCAGAGUGCUGAGAAGGAGGAGCAAGAGAAGCUGGGUGACAUCUGCUUCUCUCUGCGAUACGUGCCCACUGCUGGCAAGCUGACCGUGGUCAUCCUCGAGGCCAAAAACCUGAAGAAAAUGGAUGUGGGAGGCUUGUCAGAUCCAUAUGUGAAGAUCCACCUGAUGCAGAACGGCAAGAGGCUGAAGAAGAAGAAGACGACAAUCAAGAAGAACACUCUCAACCCUUACUACAACGAAUCUUUUAGCUUUGAAGUCCCAUUUGAACAAAUCCAGAAAGUGCAAAUUGUUAUAACUGUUCUGGACUAUGACAAGAUCGGCAAGAACGAUGCCAUCGGCAAGGUCUUUGUGGGCCUCAACAGCUCGGGGACGGAGCUGCGCCACUGGUCCGACAUGCUGGCCAACCCCAGGAGACCCAUCGCUCAGUGGCACGUGCUGAAGCCUGAGGAGGAGGUGGACGCUCAGCUCUCCACCAAGAAAUAGGCAGGGCCCGUUCGGCACCUGCCUUGUAGUACUCUUUAGCCAGUAUGUGUAAAUACCUCAGUGAUAUAUGGGUCCAUCCAUGUAACCCCCAUCUUUAACCCGCCUCUCCCAGCUUUGCUGCUCCUGAUUUCACGCUCAAUCCUAAUUGUUGAAGCUCCCCGCGACAUCCUGUCCUCUGCUUCUUUUCUAUCAGGUUCAUCGCUUUCUCUCUCUCUUUUUUAUUUUUUCCUCCAUUCUGAUUCAGCACUUUUUCUUUUUCAUCUCUAAGCCCUUAAAUGCCCCGACCAAAUGCCCCCUUCUUUUAAGCAAUAUGAUCUGUAUAGAUAGCGCAUGACUGAAAGAAUUUAUUGUACCACAGUUGUAUAUAUAAGUAUGCAGACAAAAAUGAUUUCUAGUUUAUGUGUUUGUAUGUUGUUACCCGUUUCCUAAUCUGUGUAUAUCUUGAUGUUUUUAAUAAGAUGUUCUAUUUUAAAUUAUGUAAAUGCAGAUAUAGAGGAAAGCCAAUAUUAUAUAUCCCAGGAUUUAAAAAUUCUACCUUAUUACCUUAUUGCAUUCCAGAAAAUGAAGAAAAAAAAAAAAAAGGGUUUCCAACCUGCAAGUUGAAAUAUAUUCACAUUGUAAAGGACGUCGUCUGGCUUUACGUUCAGAAAAGGAUCAUCACAGAAAAGACAAACAGAUGAAUAUAUACACACAAAACU